AUGCGCAACUUAGCAUUCCUUCUGUUGGCAUCUAACGCUCAUGCUUUUCCUACUAAUCUUUGGCCCCGUACCGAUAAAUGGGAGCAAACUACUUGCUCUGAUGCCAACAUCACUGAUGCAAAGGUUCUAGCUAAUGUCCGAUGGGCAUCAGCUGACACGAAUACAUCAUGGAAAGAAGCUGUUGCAGCAUGGCAGGACUAUAAACCGGGAACAACUUCAGCUCAGCUUAAAUUCCCAGCCUUCAUCAGCGACUUUUACGGCGGUCCGGAGGGAUGGGAUUGUCAAGAUCCUGUCAAUACACCAUGCUCAACGACAGUACAGUGUGCUGAUACCAAGCACCCAGCAGGAUUCCUUCUCCUCAACUCCUUCUCCAAGUUACACGACGUAUACCAAAAAUACCACGAGGCGCUCCAGGAUGCUCAGUUGAGCAUAUCUGCUGUCAUGGGAGACUUCACAUCUACUUUCGCGCCCCAGCUAAAGGCGGAUGAUCAGUCGACUCUCAUCAAAACCAUAAUGGAUGUGAUGGCAUUUGGCAUUGGCAUUGCAUCGGCUGUCAUCAAGGAUGCCGCAAUAUUUACUGGCAACAAUUUCGGAUUCGCCAAAGACACAUUUAACAGCGCCAUCUCCGCUUCAUUUGCUCUAAGUAAGGACAACACGAAAUCUGCCAAAGACUCUGCAAGUGUGCAAAACGAUUUGACCUCCGCAAUGGGCGCCUUAUUCGACGUAUGGAAGAAGACACAAGAAGACUACUUGUCCGAGAUCUUUUCCGGGUCGAAUAGUACCACCAUAGGCAUGCUCGAGUCUUUCAUCAGAGACGGCAUGAUGAACAUGCUGCCUGUCGAUAUUAAUCUCUCCGGCAUGGUAAAUGUGGUCGAGACCAUCAUGUUCGGACAAAUGAUUCCCAUUGCGUGGCAAGUAGCGCCUGCUGCCUACACGCCUUUUGUGCUGAAAACUGGUGAUGCAUGUUCGAGCACCAUGCCCAACACACUUAACCCAUACAUGACGCAAGAAACACACGAGAAAGCUGGUGUAUGCUGGAACGGCAACCAGUUCUACGUUCUGACCGUUGGUACCUACCGAGUAGACGUGCAAGCCGAUACGCCUGGUCUGCCCGACUCUGACCCGCCCUUCCAACUGAUGGCAGGUGCCACCCAUGACGUUCUCGACGGUAAGAAUUGGGGUGGCAUAACCUUGGAAGAUAUUGUCAUCAGCUCAUACGGAGGCUAUCUGAAUAACGGAAACCGCAAUGGCUACACCAUAUCCCUAGACGACAGCGCCGGAGAGGUGAAUCAACUCAUGUGGACGGGAGGGGUACAGACGCCCGGUUUCUUCUCGCUUCCUGUCUGCACGAGUUUGUGGAACACUCUGAUGAACAUUGCCGGAAGUAAGGCUGGAAAGGACAGCUACCCCUGUGGGGUAGUAGUUGAGAAGACAUACCCAGCCACAUGA